UUGCAUGAUUGGUGACAGACAAACAAAGAACAAUUUUAUCAGCUGAUAUGUGAAAUGAUUGUGAUAAUAACCUAGUGAUUGUAAAUCAGAAUGGUUUUUAUAUAUUUUAGGAAUAAGAAUACAUGUUGGUGAUUCAUUUUUAUCAAUAAUCUAUUUUUAAUUUUAAUUCAUGAUGAACAGGAUGUUGACAUUUUAAAUGUUUUGUUUACUAGACAGUCAAAAUAUGGAUCAUGUGUUGUGAUGUGUAUCAUGUGUAGAUAGAAGGCUAUUAUAAAAGAAGUGUGACUAGGAAAAUGAUUAUGAACUAACACAAUGCCAUCAAACCACAGAACAUACUCCAGUGUGCCGUUAGACGACCAGUUUGAUGAGGAAUUUAUUGAUCAAGAGAGACAACUCCAACAGAAUGACGAACAAGAAGAUCAUGAAAUCCAAAAUGAAUGUGAUAGUACAGUACAAAAUUGUUGUAAAAUACCAAAUUUAAAAACAUGUCGCUGUGACUACUGCUCUAAAUGUUCCAAAACCUCAAAAAUAGUUAUUGCCAUUGUGAUACUGGUUGUAUUUAAUGGAUUCUGUAUAGGUCUUGGCUGUCUAAGUGUCUUUGUAUUAAAACCGGGUCCAGUUUUAGAUAAAUCUUACCAUGCAUUUUCAAUUCCAAAUCAUGAAGCUUCAAUUAAUUAUGAUGCUUUUAAACUGGCUGCCAAAAACAAUGUGAUGGGUACCAGUUCCUAUAGUGCUAUGGAACGUGCUAUUUUAAACUUGAAACGACCAAAACGUGACGCUAUUUUAAACUUGAGACGAACAAAACGUGAUAUUUACGAUAACCUGCAAUGGAAAAUACAGUGGAAAAUGCAGGUUGUUUUCUUAGCAGAAGGAGAUGAUGAGAAAAAUAUAUUUACAAAGGAACGAUUGGAAUUUAUUCAUGGAAUAGAACAAAGAAUUAUGAAUCAUACAAAAUUUAAAGAGUUUUGUUUUAAAAACUACCGAAUCACUGACCCUGCAAUCAAAGGAAUACAUGACUGUGCGCCCCUGAAUUCUCUAAUGCAGUAUUUUUAUCCAACUAUUGAUGGUAGUAACAACACACAUUUUGAUGGUCUAGGAUCAGAGUUAGCAGAUAUAGAAAGUACAAUCAAAUUUGCCAUGUCCACAUCAGAUCAUUUCUAUUAUUUUGUCGACCAAAAUAUCAACAAAACACAUCGUAAGAGUAGGCUGUUGAGAACUGAAGUUUUAUUCGGAUCUCCUAUAAAAGGAUACAACUCACCGUAUGAAAGGAAGAAUGAACAAUCGGACAAGUUCAAAGAUUUUGUUUUGUCAUAUGUGGAGAUGUUGUCUAAGGCUUCUAAUGAAAAAGUGACGAUUUUAUAUGGCGGAAAUGAGAUAUUUGACUAUGAAGUUAACAGUGUAUUUUGGAAUGAUGUCAAGCUUGCAUCCUUCAGCUUGGCAGCCAUUUUUAUCUUCAUGCUGAUCCUGACCUCAUUUUCCCUAUGGUUGACGUUCUUUGGAUUAGCCAGUAUUCUCCUCUGCUUCCCGUUAGCCGUGUUUUUCUACCACACAGUGUUUAAUGUAGCUGCCUUUGGGAUACUGAAUGGAGUGGCUGCUUUUGUGAUUAUUGGCAUCGGUGUGGAUGAUGUGUUUGUAUUUAUCAACAUAUAUCGUCAGGCUACAAACAUGAAGACACCAGAAGCCAGGAUAAAACAUACACUAGUAACAGCAGGGAAAGCUACCUUCUUCACGUCAUUUACAACAGCUGCGGCUUUUGCUGCAAACACUGCAUCUUCUAUUCCAGCAGUGCACCAGUUUGGAUUGUUCAUGUCCCUAAUUGUUUCCUGUUGCUGGGUAACAGUUCUGGUAGUUAUGCCUCCAGCAUUAUAUAUUUGGGGUGUUGGAAUACAAAGAUGGGAAGAACACAUUCUUUCUAAAAUUUGUACAAAAUGUAAGUUCAAAGUUAGAAACUUGCCAAAUGACAUUGUGGACUUCGUUGGUGGUAAAACAUCUGGAGGGGAAUUACAAGUAGGACGAAACCUCCCAACAGCAGAAGAUGAUGAAGACGAUGAUGUACAGCUACUUACAUUAGAUGAUCCGAUGGAAUAUUAUAUUGAACGCUAUGGAGCUGAUGAAGAUGAUGAGGUCCUUUUGAUACCGGACAAUACUCCUCAUCACCAGGGGGCACCACCAAACAGUGCAAACCAGGUUAAAGAAUCUUCAUUAAUACAGUUACUACAGAUAGCUCUGUAUCAAUAUGUGGCACUGCCUGUGAUUAGGUUCAGAAGAGUUUUCAUAGGAUUCUCUGUACUAAUCAUGAUAGCAUCCAUAGUUUUAAUCACUCGUCUCCAUCCAUCAACUAAACCACCACAGAUAUUCCGUGAAGAUACGAACCUUCAAAUGUUAUUGGAUCUGAAAUCCAGUAUGGGUGUUAUAGACGAGAUAUCUUGUUCUCAGUGCUCUGCUAUCAAUGAUGUUCACAAGCACAAUAAAUACCAGCCAACCACCAACAAUGGACAAUUACCUAAUUCAAAAAAUGAUCAUCAGCAUGUGCUUCCUAUGACUACACCCAGACCACAGCAUCUAGUUCCUAUGACUACAACACCCAGACCAAUGUCUAAUAAACCUCCAGAAUUUGACAUGAGACCAAGCAAUCAGACAGUCUUAGCUGGUCGAAAUAUGUACUUUUAUUGUUCUGUAAAAGGGUAUCCAGCCCCUUUUCUGAGCUGGCAAAAAGAUGGUCAUAGCGUAAUGAGGGGAGAAGUGAAACAAAGGCACCGAUUAUUAUACGAGGAAGGAAUAUUAAAGUUGGAUGGUGUACAAAAGACAGACCAAGGGAUGUACACAUGCAUGGCAUCUAAUGAGAGAGGAGUAAUAAGGGCAUCAGCUAGUUUAACUGUUAAUGGUUCAUCUACACCACUGAUAUUUCCAGCAACAAAACAUCCUACACCUAAAACUUCAGUUGCUACACCUAAGUCAGUACCAGAGAAUUUUGACAUGUGUAAGAAAGCUGAUUGUACCAAGACAAAAGACCGACCCAUGUUAGAGACUGGAGCCACAGUUUAUGUAGUGUUUGGUAUAUCUGGCUUGGACCAAAGUGGUAUAGAACCUGGUCAUGUCAUGCAGAAAGAUAAGGGAAAGGUUAUAUUUGAUCCGAAUUUUAAGAAGAAUUUCAACUUUUCAAGUAGUUACCAGAAGGGGAUCUCAACGCUUUGUAAAAUUUGUAAACAAGUGUCAUCUAGGCCAGAUCUAGUAAGAAAUGGUAGUGCUCAGUGCUUCCCAGAUUAUAUGGCAAUGCAAUAUGUGCUUAAUCGUAUCCCAGCAUGCCAUGAUUUACCCAAGCCUGUUACAGUUUAUGGUAGACAAGCACAAGCACAUGUUGUGGGAGGAUUUCAGAACAAUUCCUUACUGUGGUGGGCAUUUGCUUUUGAAUCUACAACUUCAAAAGAUCAAUCUUACUUUGAAGCCUACAAAGAAUACUUGAAAUGGGAGGAACUGAUGAAGAAAAUAAAAAAUGACUAUAAGAGUUCUCAGUUUGUGCAGAAUGUUUUCCAGACAUCACAGUUCUGGCCACAGGUAAUGAUGGAAGUUGUUGCAGUUAACAGUGCCAUCUAUAGUUUGGUCUUCUCCAUGGUGAUAUGUUUAGUAGCAGUAGCCAUCUUUACCAGUCAUGUGACUUUACUCCUUAUUGUAUUCAUAACCAUAUUAGAAAUGAUUUGCCUGGUAGCUGGUAUAUUUUAUCUGGCUGGCUGGGAGAUGGGAGGAGUAGAAGCUAUAUCCCUGUCUAUACUGGUAGGAUCAUCAGUUGAUUAUUGUGUUCAUUUAGUGGAAGGUUUCCUGCUGGCUGGGAGAGCAAUUCCAGAUAAUUUGAAAAAUGAUCAUGCUGGUUCAAGACAGUGGAGAACAAAAGCUGCCAUCAGCCAUAUUGGAGUAUCCAUUUUCAGCAGUGCCAUGACAACCAUAAUUGCUGCAAUACCUUUAACCCAGACAACUAUAUUACCGUUUUCUAAAUUUGGACAAAUUCUUGCCAUUAAUUCAUCUGUAUCCAUUGUUUACUGCCUGACUAUUUGUGCUGCAUUUUUAGCAUUCAUGGGACCUAGUAAAUUUGUAUGUAAAUGGAAAUCGACAUUGAAAAUGGUGAUCGGUACAUGUAUAGUGGUAGGAUUAUCUGCCCUUGUAUUGUUUAUUAUUAGUAAAUGUGGUGUUUUCAUACCUGGUCCAAAUGGUGGUGCUUUAUUUCCCAACUAAUAUAUUACUGUAUAUAUGCCAUACAUGUGAUAAGUAUUUUAGCUGGUAAUUGGAUAUCAGUGGAUUUAUAGCCAAAUUUAAACUUAUAAGUGUGAGAUUUUCUAAUGCAUUUAUAAGUUUGUCUACAAGUUUUAACUGGUGUUUUAAUAUCAAGAUAUUGAGAAGUUUAUCGACAAACUUUAUCUGGUGAUCCACAAUUUUAAAAUUUUGAUUUCAACUUUAAUAAACCUCCAGUCUGGCAGUUGACAUGUACACAUUGAAAUUUUAUGAUAAUCUCGCAAAUCAUGAAGUCUUGUACGAGUAAUCAUUUACUUACCUCGUAAUUUAUUUUUGGGUAAUAGAUUGUGAUAAUUGAUCAUUGGUCAAAAGUUGGUAUCAUUUGAUAGAUUUUCAUCCCAUUUUCCAAUUUUGAUAUUCCAUUAACAGUUCUUUUGAGAAAUAUCCGAUAUAAAAUCUGUUGUGAAGAUUUUGGACAAAUGGAAAUACUUAAUUGAAGUAGAUCAGUAUUAAUACAUUCCAGGAAGAUUAAAGUAUACAUAAUUAUUUUAUAUUUCAAUUUUAGAGUUGUCUUUCAUUUAUAGUAUUAAUCAAGUGCAUCAGACGCAUGAAAUUUAUAACGUGUUGUUUUCCUUUUUUAACAAAAUACCAUUUCUCGAUACCUCUUAUUAGUACAAUAUUCUUAAUUGGAAGUUAUCAACGCAUCAUUUUGUAAUACUUAGUAUCCAUGCUUCCAUGUUGUACAAAAUUUAAAAGUAGCUAAGCAUUUGUUACAAUGUCUUGCCUUCUUGAGAAAAAAUCUGAUGAAAAUGAAUGAACAAAUCCGAAAAUAAGAUUUUUUUUUAAAUACCUCAUUAUCACUUUCCAUGACAUUAUCUGUGCUUAUCAGUUUGUCUUUGAUUUUUUAUAUUUCUUCCUAUAUUUUUUUUUUUUUUUUUUCGAUUUUUGUUAACAUCACAGUGAAUCAUAAGGAUGAAUGGUUGAAGUUAAAUUUUAGGAACUUUUUUUACCAGUUGUCUAAUGAACAAGCUGAUCAGUUUCAUUUUUUUUUUAUCAAAUGUUAUAUUUUAACAAUCAUCAUUUAUUUUUGUAGUUCUUAGAUGUAUUUCUUGCAACUUCAGAACUGAAAAAAAAUCAAUAAUGGAAUAGAUUUGUUCCCUGAUAAAAUAAUGUUUCAAAUGAAUUUUAUGUUUGAUAGAUAGAUACUAUUUGCAAAUUAUUUUACAAUGAAAAUUUAUAAUCUUUUUUAAAGAGAAAUGAAUAUUAUUCUCAGAAUAGAUGUUAUUUGAGGAGUAGGGACAAGGUGGAAGGGCUAUUGGGGGUAAAAUGCACUUUUAAUUUUACUUUUGCUAUGCAAAAAAUUUUAUAUGGUUAUUACUUAUAAGAAAUGCCUUUUGGGAGCCCUGUGCAAACAUUACUGAAGAAAUCUUCCGCCAUAAUUUUGAUAAAUACAAAUCAUGUUUUAUUAUUUGCACUACAUGGACUAUUAUUUUGAAAUUAUUCGAGAAAAUGAAUCAAUUAAAAUUUGAUUUAUUUUUAGAUAAAUAUUUUUUAUUUUCAUUUUCCAAUCAUAUUUUUAAAUAUUUUUUUAUGAAAUUAAGGAAAUAGGAGAAAGUUCAUUGACAUCUCAGUUUUUAAAUAUUACUAUUUUUUAAAUUAUUUUUAGACAAAUUAAAAAAAAACUAGAUAAACAUUGACAUAGUACACGAUUCUGUAUAUUAUCUGUGGAACAACAUGUGCAUCAAACUGUCAAGCAUGCCUUCUUUUCUAUACUAUGAUCAAUGAAAUUUAAGUCAACAAAAGGAGACAGAGAGUUGAGUCACAUUUAAAUGUAUUAUUUUCCAAAAUAAAUUUUGUUUUCAUCAUAUUCAUGAAUUUGGAAAUGUUUGCACACAAUUUAAAGUGACUCAAAACUCCUUUUCAAGGCUUAGAAUUGUUGAUAUUUUCAAUAUGUAAUAAAUAGAUUAAAAAAAUGAAAAUGUUAAGAUUUUUUGUCACCUUUCUAAAAACUGAAUAUUAAAAGCAGUUCUUUUGAAAAAGGAGAUUUUUAUCAUUUGUGUGGGUGUAAAAAAUACCUGACAUUAAUCUGGUCUCUAAUGUGUGAUGAGAGUUGACAGAAACAAAUAGUGUAUAAUCAUUUUGAUAUAACUAAAGAUUUAUACCAGGACAUCGUGUACAAUGCAUCAUAUCUUCUGAAAAAUCAAGAUCUGAAUUGUAAAGUUUUUUCUUUACUGAUAUUUUUAGUAUUAUUUAUAUAUCUAAAAUAUUUUGCCUUCUCGUGGUAGUAAAAUUUGUUUUUAUAAAAUAUAUCAUUGACUUGGAAAUAAAUUUACUUAUUUGCUAAAUCACUAAAUGUAUAAUAAAGUCAAUCUAUAGUUUUUAUAUAAGACCUACCUUCAUCCUUCAAAAGAGAAUAUUCAAACAUUUUAUGAAAUUUUAUUUUAUAUUUUGAAGCACUGAAUACAAAAGAAUAUAUUUGAUAUUUAUAAGUGUGAUUUUGCAGUGCAAGUCUCGUACUAACCGAAGGACCAAAUAAUUAUAUAAUGCCAUGUGUUCAUAAUAUAUAUAUAUAUUUUUUUUAUAGUAUAUGGAUUUUAAUUUGUCAGACAUACAUCUCUAAUUAUGUAUGCAUUUUUUUUUAUUGUGAAUCAUUGAUUACAGGUAAAUUUAUUAUUUUGUGAAUAUAACAAGCAUUAACAUGUAUACUUUAAUUUUGCAAUGCUGAUCCUGCUUCAUAAUGAGACAGGUGUUACAUGUGAAAGAGGAAAAAAUUCAAUUUUAUUUUAAUGAUACUUUUUGGUAAUCAGAUAUACAAAUUUGCCAGAAAUGGUUUGCAUCACAACAUGCCAGCCUAUGUCAACAGAGUUGCAAAUGUUUUAAGAAAAAAGCUAACAAAUGAAUUAGUAGCUUGAUUUUUAUAUUGAUUUUCUUACUGUUGUUGAGGACUUUGUCCUCAUAUAGAUAAGGACAUUUGAUUGAUCUUUUAAUUAAUGGUACUAGAAUUAUAAAAACUAAAUACUAGAAUUUGUUUUACAAAUGUGACAAGUAUGAUUUAAUGGUACUAUAAAAACUAUAUUUUUUUUUUAUAAAUAUGACAAGUGGAAACCAGCCAUUCAUAACAAAUUAUAAUAUUUCAAAAAGCAUGCUAGAUUGUAUAUAUAAUUAUAUUUAUGAACAAGAUGAAAGUCCCAUAGUUGUAGUAAAUGGUAUUUUUGUUUUUCAUAUGAGCAUAAUCAAAACAUGCUUCUUUGAAAGCAAAUGCUUGUUUGUAUCUGUUCAUGGCAGAUAUUUUGUGCUAGUUUUCUUUCAUAAUAUAAUUUUACAAUUUAUAAUUGUUAUUAUUUCUUGAAAUAAUUUUAUUUUGAUUUAUAUUUUAUUGGUAAAUAUAUACAUAUUUUUAUGUAUACAUGCAAUGACCUAUAGUUAUACUUACUUAUUUCUGAAUCAUUUGAUCUCUUGUGAAGAGUUGUUUCAUUGAAGAAAUAAUUCACGGGGGCUUGAAUUUAUCGUGAUUUUACAAUGGGUUAGCCCUUUAUGCUAAAUAUUUUACCUUGAGCGAAGCGAGGGGUGAAAUAUCAGCAUAAAGGGCCAACCCGUGGUAAAAUUAAUAUAAAUUCAAGCCCCCAUGAAUUAUUUCUAUUCUAAUUGAAGCACUCUAUGUAAAGGGGAAUGUUUGCUGUUCUCGGAAUCGAACACACUUUUAAUAUUGACAUAAACGACGAAGAAAAAUGAAUAAGUGACAUUCUUAAACGAUAUACAAUAACAUACUAAGAUAGAUUUUGAUGAAUUUAAUUGAUUAUCUUACUUUCAUUUAAGAAGAUAUGGACAUUAUACAAAUUCUUACCAUCCGUUUGUUUAUGUUUUCAUGUUUUGACGACUUUCAGUUUCCCAUUCAUGCAUUUUCCCGUAAAAUCCUUACAUUCUUAUGUCAUCGUUCAAUGACGUCAUUUACACCAUUUGAUGUGAGGUAAAUCAUUCAUAAAAAGCAUACGACGUGGGAGUAGGAUUGGAACAGCCCAAACAAAUCAUGACAUUGCCUAUCAGCUGACAUAUGAAUAUAUUCGAAUUUUAUCACAAGUGUGUACUCAAAGCGUUCGAAGAACGUCAUAUUAGAAUGGCAAUUAUACCACAUCUUCAUUAUUAUUAUAUUAUUAUUUUAUCACAAUAUUUUAAAAACUGCAUUUUAAAAGAAAGUAAGCAAAUUGUUAUAUUUACUGAGGUCAUAGUCCAAGUCAGAUAUAUUUGUAGGGGGAUAAUAAACCUUGUAUCCACCUAAUUGAAAUUCAUUGAUUUUAUAUUUUUAUUAUUUUUUUCCUUUUGCUUAUAUGCUCGAAAUAAAUUUAAUUGCAAUCUUACCUGCUUACAAGCUUUGGUCAUAUUUUUGUUAUGGUAUGAGAUACAAUUUAAUGCUAGAUAGUUUAUUUUUUCUCCUAAAAUAUGAAAGUUUCAAUUUACGAAAUAUUUUAUCCCUUUAGAAUCUAUAUAUUCAUAUCAUGUCAUUUAUUGAUCUUGUUAAUUGUUACCGUAUGAAUAUCUCCUUGCUGUUUAUAUAUGCUAUACUUUAUGGUAAAGUAUGUUUGUGAAUGUGUUUAUAUGUCUUGUUAAAUAAACAGUUGCUUUUGUUGA